AUGACCUUUAUGGCGCGCGCCUUGAUGAUUGGUAAAGCCUUAGCCGACAACGACCAGAAGCUAUUCCGAAGCCUGCGACGUGGCGACCUUGUGCCCAACUUGGCGGUUGUGCAGAAUGACGAGGGGGUUGAAUGGAUUUUCCCGGACUCUGCUAGCGAUAUUGGCCAGGACGUUACCGAUGACCUUUGCGCAUUCCUGUUCCAGGAAGACCACCAUGGUUAUUACGUCAUUGCCCACAAUUUUAAGGGGUUUGACGGAUACUUUAUCCUCAACUGGUUGCUGCGUAAUGGCAUCGUCCCAAAGGUCAUCAUGAAUGGCGGCAAGAUUUUAUUGUUGGACGUCCCGGCACCGUACAACAUCCACUUCCGUGACAGCUACAACUACAAUCCGCAAAGUUUGUCCAAAUGGCCGGCGACCUUUGGACUGGAGAAUACCAACAAGGAACCUUUCCCCACCGAUUCAAUCGGCCCGAGAACUGGAACCGCGUUGUGCCUUUUCCUUCCAAGGACGAGUACGGCUAUGGCAUGUUGCCAGCAGUUUGUCCAGCUCUUCACGGACAUUAGCGAUGGCCUGAAUCCUUUUGUCUCGGCCGCCACCAUUGCCGGAGUCUGCAGCGUGUACUGGCGGACCUUCCUGUUGAAGCCGGAGCAGAUCGGCCUGAUUCCCAACCAGGGCUUCGGACGCAACCGCCCACAGUCCGCCAAGGCCCUUCGUUGGCUACAGUGGAUGGAAGCCGAAGGUCAGUGCGAAAUUCAGUCAAAGGUCACCGGCUCAGAGCACAAGAUCGGCUCGUACUUUGUGGACGGAUUUUGUUGCUUUGCCGGCAAUACCGUGCAUCCAUACCGCGGCCUAAAGAUGUCGGACAUUUACCGGGAAACCAUGGACCGCGACCAGAUGCGCGUCACUGACCCCGAAUUCAACGAUUAUGUUCGCACCGUCAACAUUCAAGCCGGAAUCAAUCCGCGGGAUGCCUUCUACGGUGGACGCACCAACGCGGUCAAGCUCCAUCACAAGGUGGUCGAGGAUGAACGGAUCUGUUACUACGAUGUCUGCAGCGAAUAUCCGUUCGUCAACAAGACCAAACGGUAUCCCACCGGACAUCCGAUCAUCAUUACCAAGGAUUUUGCGGAUCCGCGCAGUUACUUUGGCCUUAUGUCUUGCAAGGUGCUGCCGCCCGACGACCUGUACUUGCCCAUCCUUCCGUACCGUAGCAAGGACAAGUUGACCUUUCCCCUGUGUCGGACCUGUGCGGACCAGCGCAUCAACGCCUCUUGUGAGCACGAGCCGGACGAACGCGCACUGACUGGUACUUGGUGCACGCCGGAAAUCGAAGCAGCGCUGGACCGUGGUUACGUCAUCGCGGAAAUCUAUGAGGUAUGGCACUUUGACCAGCACGAAGACCGUCUCUUUGAGGGAUACAUCAACAAAUUCCUAAAGAUCAAGACCGAGGCUAGUGGAAGGCCGGCGGACGUCACGACCGACCAAAAGACCCAAUACAUCCAGGAAUACCAAGCCAAAGAAGGCAUACAUUUGGACCGUGAGAAAAUUCAGGAAAAUCCCGGUUUGCGCUCGUUGGCCAAGCUGAUGCUGAAUAGCUUUUGGGGCCGCUUGGGUAUGCAGAACAACAAGUUGACCACGGAGUACGUCAGUGACCCGGCCCGUUUUUACGAACUGCUGCUGUCCGGCCAGUACCAUGUCCACUCGUGGGACCUUUUUGGAGAAGAAGUCCUGCAGGUCAUGUACACCAAAGAGGAAGGCUUCAUUGAAGAUAAUCCUAGCACGAAUGUGGUCCAGGACCGACUGUUAUACUUCGAUACAGACUCUAUUAUCUUCCUGGACCGGCCCGACCAGCCCAAGCCGGAAACGGGCAAGUUUUUGGGUGACCUUACGGACGAACUGAAACCCGGACAGUACAUUACCGAAUUCGUUAGCCUGGGUCCGAAAACAUACGCGUACAGGACUAACGAUGAUGUCUGCAUCGUUAAGCUUAAAGGUUUUACUCUCAAUGGAGCUACUAGUGAACUCAUCAAUUUUGAGCGCAUGUUGUCGAUGCUGGACACUUCGGAAAAAGUGAAUGUUAAUUAUCCUGAUUCUAUACAGCGCCAUAAGCCCAGUUUAACUUUGCGGCAGCGCGACAUGUCUAAGAAGUUCCGAAUGACUUAUGACAAGCGCCGAAUUGUUGAGAAUUGGCUUAACGCGUCGCGCUCGUUGGCAGAGGCAGGGUUCAUAUAUUCGGCCACAUGCUUUGCAACGUGUUUCCACUGCGAGCGCACUCUGUCGGACGACUGGGAGGAUGGGAUGGAUGCUUGGAAAAAGCACGUGUACCUUAAUCCAUUCUGCGGAUACGUGAGGGCCAUGCGAGGGCGGGCGUGGGUGGACCGCGUGUACGACCUGACAUGGGGAGGAGCCCAGCCUUUGGAUUGGUGGACGUAG